AUGGCCACCCCGACGAAGCGCCGCAAUUUCACUGAAGACGACGACGUUAUGCUCCUUCGCCAAGUGUCGCUGGAAAUGCCGUUCCAAGCCCGACGAGGACACGUCAUGGAACGUUGGGCUGACGUUGCUUCGGCCUUGGAAAUGGCUGAUGACUUCCGACGCAGUGACAUCGAUGCCAAGAGGGCAUGCAACCGCUUCAUGCUUUUGCUGGAUGCCCAUCGAAAGGCAAACAAUCAGUCCCAAAGAGCGUCCGGUGUUGCAGAAGACGUUAGCGAGAAGACAGUGCUCCUUGAUGACCUCUUGGCGUCAUACGACGACAUCAAAGGCGCAGAAGCACAACGUGCCGAUGAAACUCGGCAUACGGCCGAGCAAAUGGAAGCGAUGGGAAGUCAAGUCCGCGCCGAAGCCUUGGUAUCCUUGGGAAAACGAAAGCGAGAUAAGGAUGCCGACGACGCUGCCCAAGCCGACCUGCAGUUUCAACGUGAAAAGUUUGAAACUGAAGUCGAGGAGCGUCGGUUAGACCGGCAGCUUUUGGCUGAACAACUUGGGCGACAGCAGCAAUCAAUGGCUGAACAGUUUCGCCAGCAGCAGCAAUCAUUCAUUGAGCUUAUGAAAUUGGUAGUUGAAAAGUCGAAUUAA